GGCUCCAUAGUUGUUGUUUGGGUCCUUUACAGCGGGUUUUGUAGUCCUCGGUAGGCUGGGCGAGCAUUCAACAGGGAAGCAACGGUUGCAAAGAAGCAACGCAACUAAAGUCUAGAUCAUAAUGGCCUCCAUGUUGCUGAAUACAAUGCGGACCGGCGCCAUCAACCCCUCCUGGGCCGUCCGCUCUGUUUCACGUUCUCUCAGUACAACAACACAGCUCCAGGCUCAAGUUCAAGCGAAGAGCAAAAAGACGCUUGCUCGACCCGGGGUGAAGAACAUAGUUCUGGUUGAAGGAGUUCGAACCCCUUUCCUGUUGUCCGGAACCACGUAUGCCGAUUUAAUGCCUCAUGACCUGGCCAGAGCGUCUCUGCAGGGUCUGCUGAACAGAACAGGCAUACCCAAGGACGCCGUAGAUUACCUCAUAUAUGGGACAGUCAUUCAGGAGGUCAAGACCAGCAACGUGGCCCGAGAGGCAGCACUGGGGGCCGGCUUCUCCGACAAGAUUCCAGCUCACACCGUCACCAUGGCCUGCAUCUCCUCCAACCAGGCCAUGACCUCAGCCUUUGGACUGAUCGCUGCGGGCCAGUGUGACGCCGUGGUGGCAGGUGGCGUGGAGUUCAUGUCCGACGUUCCGAUCCGUCACAGCCGUAAGAUGAGGAAGACCAUGCUGUCCCUCAACAAGGCGAAAACCCUCGGCCAGAGGCUCGGACUGCUCGGCAGCAUCCGGCUGGCACACCUGGCCCCAGAGCUCCCCGCCGUUGCCGAGUUCUCCACGGCGGAAACCAUGGGCCACAGCGCGGACCGCCUGGCUGCCGCGUUCGGGGUCUCCAGGCUGGAGCAGGACGAGUUCGCCCUGCGGUCGCACACACUGGCCAAAAAAGCUCAGGAUAACGGGCUGCUGGAGGACGUGAUUGCCUUUAAAGUGCCUGGUCGGGAUAUUGUAUCAAAGGACAACGGCAUACGCCCGUCAUCCAUGGAGCAGAUGGGCAAACUAAAAGCCGCCUUCGUCAAGCCUCACGGCACGGUCACCGCUGCCAACUCGUCCUUCCUGACUGACGGCGCCUCUGCUGUCCUUAUCAUGUCUGAGGAGAAAGCUCUGGCCAUGGGCUUUAAGCCUAAAGCAUACCUCAGAGACUUCGUCUAUGUGUCCCAGGACCCCAAAGAUCAGCUGCUUUUGGGGCCAACUUACGCAACACCUAAAGUCCUGGAACGGGCCGGCCUGUCGUUGGCGGACAUCGAUGUAUUUGAGUUUCAUGAAGCGUUCGCUGGCCAGAUAAUGGCAAAUCUGAAGGCGAUGGAUUCAGACUGGUUUGCCCAGACGUACAUGGGCAGGAAAGCAAAGGUCGGGUCUCCACCUUUGGAUAAGUUCAACCUGUGGGGAGGCUCUCUGUCUUUGGGCCACCCGUUCGGCGCUACGGGCUGCAGGUUGGUAACCACCGUGGCUCAUCGGCUGAAGAAGGAGGGAGGACAGUACGGUCUGGUGGCAGCCUGUGCCGCAGGAGGACAGGGUCACGCCAUGGUGAUUGAAGCCUAUCCCCAGUAACACACGUUCCUUAAUUAGAUCUUGAUCGUCAUCAUGUCUGCUGCCAGCACACUAGCUACCAUACGAUCAGUCGAGUGUUUGUACAAGCACCACUUUGCCUUGAUCAGCCGGGUCAGAUAAAGGACGGGGAUGUGUUUUGAGGGCUCUGGUGUAAAUGAAAUUUAUCUCGCAGGCUGUUAAAUUACAGCAGGAUGCCGAGGAGGAACGUUUUCUCUGCUUUCCGGACGUCUUGUCUAAUGUAACAUAGCAAAGUUUAACUCAGCUCCGAAGAACCGUGGUGAUCUCUAAUGUUUAUAUGUGCUGUAAUAUUUUCUUUUCUUACAAACUGUUGGAAUUAAAUGAUGGAUGAUACUCACA